CUGGUCCCAGUAGUUCUUGGGAAAUGGAGUCCAAGCUACCUUGAAACGCCACUGCCCAAAUUAUCCUCGAGACUCCAUUCCCCAGCAAGCUCUGCGCGUAGCGUGCGCUAUGGAGCCAGAAGUCGCAGAACUGAAGCAGAAGAUCGAGGACACGUUGUGCCCUUUUGGCUUCGAGGUUUACCCCUUUCAGGUGGCAUGGUAUAAUGCACUCUUGCCUCCAACCUUCCACCUACCCCUGCCAGGACCUACCCUGGCCUUUCUGGUACUCAGCACACCUGCCAUGUUUGACCGAGCCUUCAAACCUUUCCUUCAGAGCUGCCACCUCCAACAACUGACUGACCCUGUGGACCAGUGCGUGGCCUACCACUUGGGCCGCGUUAGAGAGAACCUCCCAGAGUUGAAAAUAGAAGUCAUCGCUGACUACGAGGUACACCCUAAUCGGCGCCCUAAGAUUCUGGCCCAGACUGCAGCCCAUGUGGCAGGAGCUGCUUACUACUACCAACGAAAGGAUGUGGAGGCUGACCCCUGGGGGACCCAGCACAUAGCAGGUGUGUGCAUACACCCCAAAUAUGGGGGCUGGUUUGCUAUCAGAGGAGUGGUGCUGCUGCCAGGAAUAGAGGUGCCACACCUGCCACCCACAAAGCCCCUGGACUGUGUGCCUAAGAGAGCUGAUCGAAUCACCCUGCUUGAAGGCUUUAAUUUCCAUUGGCGUGAUUGGACAUACCGGGAUGCUGUAACACCACAGGAGCGCUACUCGGAAGAGCAGAAGGCCUACUUUUCUACUCCUCCUGCCCAACGCUUAGCCUUCUUGGGCUUGGCCCAGCCUUCAAAGGAUACUAGCUCUCCAUCUCCUGAGCUACCUUUUACAUUCAGACCCAAAAAGCCCCAGAAUGCCAGCAGAGCCCGGGGCUGGGUCAGCCCCAGUGUCUCACCACCUACAUCCCCUGGCCCUUGAUAUCCUUCCUCUCCUGGGAUCCCUAUUUAUAAGUGGUACUUGUUGGGACUUAUUUUGCUUUUUGGCAAGGCAAGAGAUUUUAUUUUAAUAUAGUAUUUAUUCUUGAUAUAAGAAUUAUAGUAGAGAUCUUGAUAUAAGAAUUAUAGUAGGGAUCUUCAAUGAAGAUGAGGCUCAGAGAACUUAAUCAAAACAAAGACAAGACAGAUUCAGAAUACCCACCUGGUUUGAAAUAUGGGAUUCCUGUUACUAUUGCUCUGCUCUGCUCCAAUAAGCUACUUGUUAUAGAACCUUUAUAAAGGGUAAUCAUCCCCUAAUGACCCCUGCUUCAUAGGCUUGUUGUGGGGACUGAAUAAACACGUGUAACACACUUCUGAAAGGA